GGUUCUUCCCCGCGGGAUGGACGGAGGGGAGGACGAGUACGAGGAGCGUCUGAAGGAACUCUUCCACAGCUUCGACGGCGCCGGCCGCGGCGCCCUGGACCCGGACGAGCUGUCCGACCUCUGCCAGUCGCUGCAGCUGGACGACGCGGCGCCGGUUCUGCUCCAGACGCUGCUGCAGGGCCGGGACCGGCUCACCGCCACGGUCGACUUCAACCAGUUCAAGAAUGCUCUCAUCCUGGUCCUGUCGUCGACCGCAGAGCCGGCCCCAGAGGAGGAGGAAGAGGAGGAGGAGGAUGAUGAGGAGACCCUGCAGGAACCAGGGUCUCCGGAGGUGCAGCCGAAGUUCGUGAAGGGCAGCAAACGCUACGGCCGGCGCUCCACACCGGAGUUCAUGGCGUGUAUUUCGGGCCGCUCCGACGACGUAAACCCCGAUGACGAGGAGGAUCUGGAGGACAACGGUGACUCGGCCGUUCCCAGGAAGCGUGAGCGCUGGAACGCCCACGACACGAGCACGGAGGAGUACGAGGCUGAAGGUCAACUGCAGCUCUGGAACCCGGACGAGCCGUCCCGCGGACCGGCCGUCCCCCCACCGGGCCGUGUGCAGGAGAGACUUCGGGACGCCUGCGAGGACCUGGGGAUAAACUGGGACGGAUGCGCCGCUCGCUCCGAUCUGCUGGUGCUCUGUGAUCACCUGGGCCUGGAGCCCGGCGUGGAAGCUUUGAGUCUCACCGACGACGGAGUGGUGAACGUUCAGGAGUUUGUUUCCUCGCUCAUCAACCAGUACAAACCGCCGACGCCAUCGUCGUCGUCCACGCCGUACCGGCAGCUGAAGCGCCACCACUCCACCCAGCCGUUCGACGAGGGCGGCCGCCGGACGUCCGUGCUGUGCAGCACCAUCGGGACGCGUCUCUUCUCCACGUUGGACGACGGCUCCGGACACUCGGCGGCCGAGAGCGUCCUGGACGCCUGGAUGGAGGAGGGCGUGGAGAACAGCGCCGACAUCCUGCAGGCUCUGAACUUUGACCUGGACGGGAAGCUGAGCCUCUCCGAGCUCACGGCGGCGUUGGAGAACGAGCUGCUGGUCACCAAGAGCGGCGUCCACCGGGCGGCGCUGGCGAGCUUCAGAGCCGAGAUCAGACACCUCCUCGAGUGCGUCGACAGAGAGAUCAGGGAGAAGGAGAAGAUCCGGUCGGACCUGGAAAAAGCGGAGAAGCAGAAGAUCCAGCUGGCCACCGAGGUGGACGAGCACCACUCCGCCAUCGAGCACAUGAACAACCUCAACCUCAGGAAGCUGGAGCAGGAGCACCGGGAGAAGCUGGCGCUGGUCCGGACUGAGCUGCUGGGAGAACUGGACCUGAUCCAGCAGCAGGCGGCGCUGCAGAGACUCGAGCUGGAGGAGGAAAUAUCCAAGAUCAGGGAGGACGAGACCUUCCUCCGGGACCAUCUCUCCAUCUCUGUGAAGGAGAACCGGCGUCUGGAGAUGGAGCUGCUGGACGGAGCAGAGAAGCUGCUGGAGGCCCAGACUCACAUCAGCCGGCUGCAGACCAGUCUGGAUGACAUCACCAGGGAGAAGUUCGGGGAGCUGGACCCGGGCAGCGCCGACUUCCUGCUGCAGGAGGAGAAAUUCAGGCAGCUGAGGGCCGGAUACGAGGCCCAGUGCAGGGAGCUGCAGGACCGUAUAGACGAGCUGCAGGCGGAGCUGCGGUCCUUCACGGCCCUGGGCCGGGCCCCGGAUCCGGGCCCCAAACCCCUCUCCGAGGAGCUGGAGAGCAAGAGCCCCGGCACCGAGUCGGACCCAGGCAUCGGCUCGGAGGAGGUGCAGCCCUUCGCCAUGAGCCUGGAGGCCGAGAUGAUGCUGGAGCAGCUGAAAGAGCAGCACCUGCAGGAGGUGGAGGACCUGCAGCACCAGCUGGAGAGCAAGAUCAAUGAAUUCAACGAGGCAGCGGAGAAGCAGCAGUCGGCCCACGAGGAGCAGGCGGCCGCCGCGGCCCGGCAGAACCAGCGGGAGGUCCAGGCCCUGAGGGACGACAUGGCCGGCCUCCACAGCUUCACGCAGGAGCUCCAGAGCCAGCUAGAGCAGGCGGAGCUGGAGCGGGCGGAGCUGGAUAAGAGCCGGGCUGAGGAGCUCCAGGACCGGCGGGAGGAGGAGGCGGCGAGGCUGGAGGAGCAGAUGGCGGCCCUGAAGGCCCAGCAGGCCGCAGAGAUGGACAAACUGACGGAGGAGAGGGAGGAGCUACAGCAGGAGAGGGCGGAGCUUCAGAACCGACAGGAGGACGCGGCGGCGAGGCUGCUGGAGGCCCACGCCGCCGAGCUGGGGAGGAUGGAGGAGCAGAUGGCGGCCCUGAAGGCCCAGCAGGCCGCGGAGAUGGACAAGCUGACGGAGGAGAGGGCGGAGCUUCAGCAGGAGAGGGCGGAGCUUCAGCAGGAGAGGGAGGAGCUACAGCAGGAGAGGGCGGAGCUCCAGAACCGGCAGGAGGAGGAGGCGGCAAGGCUGCUGGAGGCCCACAGCGCCGAGCUGAAGGAGGAGCAGGCGGCGGAGGUGGAGGCCCGGCUGGCGGAGGAGAGGGAGGUGCUACAGCAGGAAAGGGAGGAGCUACAGCAGAAGAGGGCGGAGCUUCAGAACCGAUGGGAAAAGGAGGCGGCGAGGCUGCUGGAGGCCCAUGCCGCCGAGCUGGGGAAGAUGGAGGAGCUGAAGGAGGAGCAGGCGGCGCUGGUGGAGGCCCGGCUGGCGGAGGAGAGGGAGGAGCUACAGCAGGAGAGGGCGGAGCUUCAGAACUGGCGGGAGGAGGAGGCGGCGAGGCUGCUGGAGGCCCACGCCGCCGACCUGGGCAGGUUGGAGGAGCAGAUGACGGCCCUGAAGGCCCAGCGGGCCGCGGAGAUGGACAAGCUGACGGAGGAGAGGGAGGAGCUUCAGCAGGAGAGGGCAGAGCUUCAGAACCAGCGGGAGGAGGAGGCAACGAGGCUAUUGGAGGCCCACGCCGCCGACCCGGGGAGGAUGGAGGAGUUGAGGAACCAGCAGGCCGCAGAUGAGAGGGCGGAGCUACAGCAGGAGAGGGAGGAGCUGGAGAGACGAUUACUAGCCGACUGGGACAGACAGAAGAAGGCGUUGGAGGAAAACCACGAGGAGAUUCUGAGGGCGAGGCUGGAGGAGGCGACGGUUCGGUUCGAGCAGGAGCGAGACGGAGUCGAGGCGGCGCUGACGGAGCGGUGGAGGGAGGAGAAGGCCCGGCUGGACGAGCAGAGCGCCGAGACCCUGCAGCUGCUGCUGGAGGAGGAGAUGCUGAGGCUGGUGAGGGAGCAGGAGGAGAAGGAGGGCGGCAUGACGGAGUGCUGGGAGCGCGAGCGGGCGCAGCUUCAGGACCGGCUGCUCGGAGAGAGGGAGCAGUUCCAGCGGAGGGAGGAGAGGCUGAGGGAGGAGUGGGAGACGGAGAGGCUGCAGCUGGAGGAGGACUACGAGGGGAUGAUCCGGGACCGGCUGGAGGAGGAGAGGGAGAAGCUCCGGGGAGAGAGGGAGCAGGAGGAGAGGCUGAUGGAGGAGGAGAGGGAGAAGCUCCGGGGAGAGAGGGAGCAGGAGGAGAGGAGGGCGGAGAGGCGGAUGGAGGAGGAGAGGGAGCGUCUGGAGGAGAUCCAUCGAGACGCCGUGAAGGAGCUGAGGGCCAAACACGCAGAGGAGAGGGACGAGCUGGCGGCGGCACUGGACAAGCUACGAGACGACAUCAGCCGAGAGAGGCGAGAAGUUGAGCUGAGCUUCGUGCUGAGACUGCGCGAGGUGGAGGAGCGGUUCUCGUCCGACCAGGACUCGUCCGCCGGGCGUUUCCAGGCCGACGUGCUGCGGCUGGAGCGGCACUACCAGAGCGAGCUGGCGUCUCUGUCGGAGCGGCACGCCGAGCAGACGCUGCUCUGGGAGUCGGAGCUGGCAACGGCCGUCGCCGCGGCGACGGAGGAGAGGGCGGGGCUCCGGCGGGGCUGGGAGGAGGAGCGGGCGGCGCUGGCGGGCGAACACGCCCAGGACGUGGAGGCCCUGCGGGCAGAGAGCCGGCUCCUGCAGGAGCAGCUGGAGGAGGCCGCCGGCACCGCCCAGAGGACGGAUAUCCAGCUCAGCCGGCAGCUCAACGAGCUGCAUGGACGCCUGCAGGAGCAGCACACGCUCCGGGCCGACGCCGAGCUGCUGCUGGCCCGCACGGUGGAGGACUUCAGGGGGGAGAGGGCGGAGCUGCUGGCCAGGGCCGAGGAGAUGGAGGCGGAGCGGGAAGAGCUGACGGGGAAGGUGGAAGAGCUGGAGGCGAAAAACGCAGAGCUGGAGGCAAAGAACACUGAGGUGGUGGAGGAGCUGGAGGCGAAGAACGCCGAGCUGGAGGCGAAGAACGCCGAGCUGGAGGCGAAGAACGCUGAGCUGGUGGAAGAACUGGCGGCGAAAAACGCCGAGUUGGAGGCGAAAAACGCCGAGCUGGAGGCGAAGAACGCCGAGCUGGAGGCGAAAAACACAGAGCUGGAGGCAAAGCGGGACGAGCUGACGGCGAAGGUUGAAGAGCUGGAGGCAAAGAAUGCUGAGCUGGAGGCGAAAAAUGUCGAGCUGGAUGCGAGGAACGACGAGCUGGAUGCGAGGAACGCCGAGCUGGAGGCAAAGAACGCCGAGCUGGAGGCGAAGAACGCCGAGCUGGAGGCGAAGGUGGAGGAGCUGGAGGCAAAGAACGCCGAGCUGGAGGCAAAGAACGCCGAGCUGGAGGCGAAAAACGCCGAGCUGGAGGCGAAGAACGUCGAGCUGGAGGCGAAAAACGCAGAGCUGGAGGCGAAAAACACAGAGCUGGAGGCGAAAAACGCAGAGCUGGAGGCGAAAAACGCAGAGCUGGAGGCAAAGCGGGACGAGCUGACGGCGAAGGUGGAGGAGCUGGAGGCGAAGGACGCCGAACUGGAGGCGACGGACGCCGAGCUGGAGGCGAAGCGGGACGAGCUGCUCUCCGUCUCCGAGAACCAGGUCGCCGAGGGGAUCCAGCAGAUCCAGGCGGAGCGGGACGACCUGACGGCGAAAGUCUCGGAGCUGGAGGUGAAGCACGCCGAGCUGGAGGAGCUGCUCAAGCAGGCGGCGCUGGACUUCCAGCUGGAGCGGGAGGAGCUCAUCGCCAGGGCCUCGGAGCUGGAGGCGAACCACCAAGAGCUGACGGCCAAGGUGGAGGAGCUGGAGGCGAAGGUGGAGGAGCUGGAGGUGAAGCAUGCAGACCUGCUAGCCGGCUCCGAGAGCCGGGGCGCCGAGGGGAUCCGGCGGAUCCAGGCGGAGCGGGACGACCUGGCGGCAAAAGUCUCGGAGCUGGAGGCGAAGAACGCCGAGCUGGAGGAGCUGCUCAAGCAGGCGGCGCUGGACUUCCAGCUGGAGCGCGAGGAGCUGCAGGAGAACCUGACGGCUGCCGAGGCCGAGCUGAGGGACGAGCGAGAGAGAGGUGCAGAGAGAGAGCAGCUCAGGGUCAAGGUGGAGGAGCUGCGGGUGGAAGUCUGUCGACUCUCGGCUCCAGCAAGAAAACCGGCGGAUGAAGCCGACGAGGCGUCAGACGCUCGUCAAGACGGCGUCGAAGAUGCUCGUGAUGCCGGAGGAGACGGAGACGCUCCCGACGAGCUGGCCGAAGCUCUUGAGUCCCGUAACCAUGACGACGAACCGCAGAACCCGCCGGAGGGGGAGCAUGGGCAGCUUCGCGAGGCCUCGGCUGCAGGUUCGAGGCCGGAGGAGGCCGGUAACCCCGGGCAACGGCCGGCGGACGACGCCGAGGCAAACACGAGGGAGGAAACGGAGUGCGAGGGCCUCCUGGGAGUCCGGGCGUCGCACGCCGCCGCGGCGGCGGAGGAGAAGCUGCUGCUGCAGCAGAAGAUCUCGCUGCUGCAGCAGAAGACGGAGAUCCUGGAGAACCUGCUGGCUCACCACGGCGACCGCGUCUCGGCGGGCCGGCGGGCCCUGGAGGAGAACUACGGCCUGAAGGUGCAGAUGCUGCUGCUGAUGGAGCAGCUGCGCCAGCUAGAGGCGGCGGCGCUGGCGUCCGCCUGCGAGAACGCCCGGCUGCAGGAGCAGAACGGCGACCUGGAGAGGCGGGUGCGGAGCCUGGAGGGCGGCGGGGACGUCGUCUACGGGGACGAAGACGGGCCCGCCGUCCUGGCCGGGGAGGUCCGGAGGAUGAGGGCGGAGAACGCCGAGCUGCUGCGGCUGCUGGGCGAGGUGGAGCGGCAGGACGAGACCCCUGACGGGGGGGAAACCCCCGUCGAGGCCGAAGCCUUCCUGGACCUGGAGGAGGAGGACGAGGAUGAGGAGGAGGAGGAAGACAAGCCCCUCCAGGAGUCCUGCCGCAGGUCAGAGCGGCGCAACGGCGAGCUGCGGCGAGCCCUGGCCGCGCUGCAGGACCGGUCGCAGGCCUUAGACCAGACGACUCGCGCUCAGAGGUCCGAGACCAGCCGCCUGGCCGAGGAGAACGGCGUCCUGAGGCAGAAGAUCUCGGCGCUGAAGGACGGAGACCUGAGAGACGUCCAGGAGGAGCUGAUACAAACGUUGGAGCACUUGAAGAAGGAGAAGUUUGCAGCACAAAAGGCGGAGGAUCAUUUUAAGAAGCAGAUUUCCGAGCUGCGUUCUCAGAGCCGGCAGCUGCAGGACGAGAACGGGCUGCUGGUGGAGAGACAGGCGGAGAACGCCGCCGACUCGGACGGCCUGCGGCGACGGCUGGCGGCGCUGGCGACGGAGGAGCUUCCCCCCGAGGACGAGAGCGAGACGGCGGCCUGUGUGUUGGCCCUGGAGGCGGAGCUGACCCGGUCCCUGGAGGACGCCGCGCGGCUGCAGACGAGGAAUGAGCUGCUCUCCCGGCAGCUCUCUGACCUCGGGGAGAAGGUGAAGACGGCGGAGGAAAGCCUGCAGGCCGUCGGCCGGCAGAGCUCCCGUCUCAGGACCGACCUGCGUGUCCUGCAGCAGGAGAGAGACGCUCUGAAGCAGGAAGUUGCAGCGCUGCAGAAGCAGCUGCAGAACGCCAACGACAAGAACCAGAUGCUGGAGCUGGCGCUGCACUCCGGCGGCCUGCAGAACCAGAGCCAGAACAAGAAGCUGCUGCGGGAGGAACGGUCCCGGCUGCUGGAGCAGACGCUGCUGCGGCAGGAGAACGAGCGGCUGCAGGCCGAGGUCCGGGGCGUCCGGGCCGACCUGCUGCAGGCCCGGGAGAAGGUCCGGCAGCUGGACGCCGCCCUGCUGAAGCACAAGCAGCCGGGCCAGCGCAGCCUGGUCCGGGCGCUGGAGCAGGAGAACCAGGCGCUGAAGCAGGAGCUGCAGGAGCUGCAGGCCCAGCAGGACCAGACCCAGCUGGAGAGCCUUCAGCAGGAGAACGAGGCGCUGAAAGCCCAGAUGGCCCGGCUGUCGUCUCAGGUGCUGGAGACGUUUCAGGCCCAGCUGGUGGGACUGCUGCCGCCGUCGCCUCACCGGGUUCCCCGACACCGCGGUGACGAUCCGGACAACGGGCAGCAGGAGGACAGAGAGAGGAAGAUGAGGCUCAUGGAGGAGCGGAUGAGGGAGAUCGAGCUGUCGCUGCACAACGUCAAGCUGCUGCUCCGGGAGAAGGUGUCGCAGCUGAAGGAGCAGCUGCACAAGAACGGCAAGGCGGACGUGUUGAUCCAGGACCUGUACGUGGAGAACACGCAGCUGCUCCGGACUCUGCAGGUCACCGAGCAGCGGCAGUCGCUCGCUGAGAAGAAAAACUACCUGCUGGAGGAGAAGAUCUCCAGCCUCAACAAGAUCGUCCGCGACCUGAACCCGUCGCAUCUGAACUCACCGCCUUACGGCUACAAAUCCCCGUAGUUU